GAGAAGGGAGAGAGAGUGCGAGAAAGAAGGAGUGGGGCUGGAGGUGAAGGUGGGGGGUUGGACCCGUGGAGCAUGGCUGCAAGACCCAAUGCUCACACUUGGUCUUCCUCCUUCAGGUUGAUAACACUGCUUCUCUCUCGUGUGACACGGUCCGUGGACGUUCCACUAAAGAGACGGCUUGUUUGUGAACCAUCGUGGAGACGAGUUUCAAUUUCCAUCGGCGCGUUCAGUCGCUUUUCGUGUUGCUCUCGUCGGCUUGGUGAGUAACAUAAACUACAGAAGAUUCCAGCGACAAUGGCAGCAUAAGGACAUUCAUAUCUAUACCCCGUGGAGCAUUUAUUGUGAUAAUCUGCACUCUAUGUUUACACUCGCAAGAUUGCUUCCUCCCCGGGUAUUUUGCCGCACAAGUUGCCAAACUGAGUCGAUCUGAGCCUACUGGAUUUUUCCGAGCGAUUUACUUUCUUUGACUUUGUUGGUGAAGAACACAGAGCAAAGUACUGUCUGACCAGAGAGAGAUUUAUCAACUAACUUCGGAAUUGAACGGACUUGACUUCCAACAACAUUCAAUAGAAUAUAAGUAAAUCAAACGAGGACAUUCGCCGAUUUGGCUAGCAAACAUGCCGCAGGUGGGAAUGAUGUUCGUCCUGGUCCUCGUCGUUGGAGUGUGUGCGGACGCUCAAGACCCGGCUUCCAAGGUGGUGUCCGACCGCUACGCCGUCUUCUGGAACCGCACCAACCCCAGGUUUUACCGGGGGGAUUACCACAUUGACGUCUGCAUAAAUGACUACCUUGACGUCUACUGCCCACAUUACAUCAGCCCAGUAUCUGAUGAGAGGGCCGAGCGCUACGUGCUCUACAUGGUGAACUACGAUGGCUACAGCUCAUGUGACCACACCGCCAAGGGCUUCAAGCGUUGGGAGUGCAACAGGCCUUUAUCUUCAAAUGGACCACUCAAGUUUUCUGAAAAGUUCCAGCUCUUUACACCCUUCUCAUUAGGCUUUGAAUUUCGUCCUGGCAGAGAGUACUACUAUAUCUCUUCCCUCACUGACGCCAAAGGAAGAAGGAGCUGCCUCCGACUCAAAGUAUUUGUUAGGCCACAAAACAAUUGUGUGCGCAACUCUGGUAGCGUUGAGGAAGGAAUCGACUUUGAUGAAAACAGUCACAACAGUCUAGAACCAAGAGAUGACAUCAGUCAUGAGUCACCGGAGCCUUCACGAAGCGACGUGAACUCUGCCGUCCACUGCUGCAAUUCCGUGCUGCUUCUCAGUUCCAGCCUCAUACUCCUGGCAGCUAUCUUGUGCUUAUAGCGCUCGUUCUGAGGAAAAAUCCAAGAUAUGACUGUCCUGAUUGGACCACAGGCUGCCCUACCUUGCAACCCCUCCCACUUACGGAGCACUUUUUUUUAUUGCAUUAAAAAAAAAAAAAAAACACGACAAACUCGGACAAUCUCUCUCAGUGAAAAAGAAGGGGACCAUGAAAGUUUUCAUUUUGCCCACUAGUGUGCGUGACCUUCUUCAAAGAGGCUCCUUUCAGAUAUAAUACAUUGAUUUGUGUUGACGCAAACACACAUACACACGCAUUCACAAACGACAUUGUUCACAUUCUUCAAGGAAGCGCUGCAGGAUCACUUAAAGUUUACAGGCCUUUUUUCUGUCUGUAACAUCAGACGAGACCCCUUCAAAUAAUAGGGGUAAUUCUCACGUCAGAAGAUCUCGGGUCUGUAGAAAAGGACAUUGAGGGCACUCUUCUCUCUAAUGUAACCUUCCUCAGGUGAUAAAGGAGUUGGAUGAUUUGUUACGAGACUGUGGAGUAGCCUUGGUGAAAAUAUAUUGAGAACAUAGAAAAAAAAAAAAAAAAAAGCACUCAUUUUUAGUAUCUGAAGUGAAGCGAUUUAGUGGUGUUUUUUUUUUUUUUUUUUUUUUUUAAUGAUUCACAUAUUUCAUGUGUAUCAACCAACACGGGUGUACAGUAAAAUAUUUGAAUGAUGUGCAAGGUAUUUUGUUUAUUUGUUUGUUUGUUUUUUUGUCCUGGCAACAUGUGUUUUUAUUUAUUGUGAUUCCUUGUGCUUUAUUCUCAUUUAGCGCUGGUAAAAAGGCAAUAAAAACGCAUUAGCACAAUAACUCAUCAGGUUAGAUAACACACUUCAUUUGGAAAACUCAUACAAUACUAGUCAAUAUAGUUUGUGUAUCUGUUCUAAGCUUGAAUGUUUUUGAAUGGUUUUUAAAAAAGUCUAGAAAGGAAGAAAAAAAAGUCUGAUGUACCAUCAGGGUGUAAAAAAUGUGUUCUCAACGGCGUUAUUCAUUUUGACACAAUUUUUGUAUAUAGUAACACAUGUCAUAAAGAGUUCAGGGAUGUUUCCGUGGCUGAACUGAAAUAUAUAAAUAGCAACAAUGAGUUUAGUCCUCCUUAUAUUAAGCAGCACAGAUUUGGACAAAUGAGCAUGAUGCAGUCUUGUGGUACACUAAAUGAUAGACAACAGUGCGGUACAUCAAACGGGAAUGAGACUCGAGUUUGUCCCCGGGUUACGAACGAGUUCCAUUCCUACGCUGGCGACGUAACCUGAAUUUCCACAUAAAUCAGAAUUAACCCUUAAAGUACCCCUACAUCUAAAAAUAACUAUCCAAAAACACGUAUUGUACGUCAUUGUACUAUCAUUGCCAAGACGCUGGAGCUAAGGCUAUGUUCAUACCGCAGGUCUUAAUGCACAAAUCUGAUUUUUUUUGUCAUGUUUUUUUGGCUUGCCCGUUCAGACUGCCUUUGUCCAUUGAGCCCAUUCAAGUAUAACGCAUGCGCACUAAUUGGCAGUCCGAGAUGCCCUGCCGAAAAUGACCCGCAUGCACAGGAGCAUCAAAACAAUAUAUAAAUAAAAUAACAGACAUAAAUAAUCCCUGUUUAAUAUUAUAUUCAGAGUUUAUAUGGAUUGAUAGCGUGCACGCACUGUCCGUGCAUGACACACACACACAUGGAGAGUUUGCCCCGACUCUUGGCCAUGUAAGCAAUCCUGAAAUAUUGCUCAUAUGGAGCAGAGAGAAAACCGACAUUCUCAGGCUUAUCCUCAACCCAUUUUAUUUUUUAUGACUUCCCCAAAAGCCAUGUUCAAGGCAAACUAGGCGCUAACGCACAGCUGCACCGCUACCGUAGCGCCCUGUCUCUCACUCUUUGACGACAUAAUUGCUGCACGAAUUCCAAUUUGGGAGACUUGACAGUUCAGACCGCCGUGACAUUCUGAAAAAAUGUGGCCCAGAUCGGAUUUAAACCACAUACGAAAGUGACCCAGAUCGGAAUUAAAAUGGUCCACUUCUAUCCGACUUGUCACGUUCAGACCAUCAAGUUAAUGCCUCACCCGAGUCGGAAUAACACGAAAAAAUUGGAUUCGUGCAUUAAGACCUGUAGUAUGAACCUAGCCUUAGUCCUAGCUAGACAGCAAGAUAAGCUCCAAAAUGAGGACGUCAGACGUGCGUGUGGUUCGAUGACUUUAUUCAGCUGCUCAAGACAUCAACACUUGCAGAACAAAACUAAAAUAAAAAAUUAAAUUAAAUCAGUUUCAUCUUCAAUAACAGUAAUUAAAAUUUGUGUUUAUAACUAGUUGCUGAUACAGCAAUAACAAUCCACACAAACGAUUAGCAUGUGUCAGUUAGCUUUCGCACAAUCUUCAAAAACAAUCACAUAAACACACUCAAAAUGUUCGACCACAAUUGUAAACGCACUAUAAAUAGUACAAAAGGUGUUAUAUAGAGGUGUUGCUACAUAAGCAGCAAAUGUGUGCGUAGGCUUGCAGCUGUAAUCUUUCCCCUCUCUCACUUGGCUACGCGACUUCUUUGUGGAAGCAGAUGUGCUCUUCUUCGUGUGUGCAAAUAAAUUCUUCAUGUACAUGCACCCUUACUUCCUGUGCCAAAACAAUCGCAUGCAUCACUAAACAAAAGUCAACAUUAACAUUAAAAAAAUCGACGAGACUCCAGCGUUUUAAAGUCGAAAUCACGUAAGUACGUCAUAACCUGUACUUAUUUUCUGUUAAUCAAAAUAGUUUUACCAUGAUAUUUUUACAUUGUCUAACGUUGUGUGAGCGGUAAAAAUCAGUGAUUGAUCAUGUUUCAGUGCCAUUGACAGCAACCGAUUUUGACUGGAAAAUAGAUUGGUCAUCUGUGGCCGUUAAUGUUAGCCAAUGAUUUAAAUGGGAAGUUCAAAAUUUUUGACUUAGGCUUAAUCUUGGGCUUAUUGGAGGUUUAAUUAGUCGGUUCAGUUGAUUUAAACAAAUUCCGUGCAGUUUGCCAAUUAUUUGUUAGUUUCAGGGCUCCGGAGUGACUAAGCUAGUAUGAGUCAAUGAUCCCAUCUUAGAAUGGCAAUAAAAAACAACAUAUACACGCAUGAAAAUCACCGAUGACCUAUGCAAUCAAUAGUGUUGGCUAUGUUUUCAGGAAAAAAAAGUUAUUAAUACCUACCAUUGCAUGUCAAUAAUUGUAUUAUGAACCGCAACAUUUGUAAUCCAGCAGCUCUGCAGGGAACAGCUGUGUGUUUAUGUCGUAGCCAACAGCAAGUAAACAGUUUAUAUUGUUCCUCGUUCUCCAUCGGGAAUUUGUGGAACAUUUAUUUUGCCCAUUUCUUACAGUAUUUCCACAGCCAUCCAUGCACAUUUCCCCAUGUUGCUGUUCUUCAGUUAAGACGCAGUGGACUGAUGCUGCGUUCAAGGAAGGUGGGAAAUCGGAGUUUUCCAACCUCCAACCAGGAAAAAUAUUGGAACACCACUCGAACUGGGAGGCCCUAGUCGGGAAAAAAAGUACCGCAACUUCACUGGUUGCUUCAAUUUGAAGUCUUCGACAAAAUGAUGCUGCCCGUCGAAAAGUAGACCGUCAAUAGGAAAACUACAGAAGGCAGUUUACAGUGUGUGCUAUUUUCUUUAGCUGACGUUUUUCCUCCACUAUUUGAUCGCUUACGAGAAGGCAGGUUUGCUGGAGGUCAAAAUGUCUUUUGAUGGCCAAAAUAAAACACUUGUCGCAUCACAGUCAGCCAUCUUGCUGUGGGAAGAGGGAGAAGUCCGACUUCCACGAAUGCAAAAGGAGCACAAGUAGCCGAAGCACCCAUCUUUAUUGUGGUCUCAUUACUGGUGUUGGGCAUCGUUUGAAAUUGAACGAUUCCGAUUACGAUUCCACGUUUCAAUUCCGGUUCCCAACGAUUCUUGAUUCCAAUUCUUUAAGAGGCACGGUAAAAAAAAAAUUGCAUGGUUUAUAUUAAAGUCUUACCUUCUCAUUGAUUUUUUAAAUUAUAUGAACUUCUCACAGGGAUAAUUUUAACUUGUAUAUGAAUAUCAUUCUUUGAACUUGAGCAUUUUUUUCCCCGUUCGGCAGUCAGGGCAUAGAAACAUAGAAUCGGAAUUUUAAAAUUCGAACGAUUCCGGGAGCAUCGGAGUGAUAGAACCGGUUCCCAUCGAUGCUCGAUGACCAACCCUACUCAUUACAUAUCUAAAAAAAAUAGUCAUGCAGAAUAAAAUGAAUUACGGCAGUUUGGGUCGACAUUGUUGUGACCGGAUGGAUAUUUGGAACAAUGAUCUGCGUUUUUAAUUUAUUUGACUUGACUAUGUUAGAUUUGUUAAUAUUGUUUUUUUAUUGACAUGCUAAUAAGGGACCAUUGACUCGCACUAGCUUAGCCACUCUGGAGCCCUGAAAAUAACAAAUUACUGACAAACUGUACGGAAUUUGCUAAAAUCAACUCCACCGACUAAUUGAACCCCGCUAACUCGAUGAUUAAGCCUAAAUCAAAAAUUCUGAACUUCCGCUUUAGGUUCUAACUAAAACAGUUUGCACGCUAGAAUGUACAAGUCUCCCAUUAUUGUCUACAUGGUGUAUUAUACUAUAUAAAGCUCAUGUGCACAGUACACACUACACUGGUGCACCUGCUGAGUGCUGCAAUGAGAACUCAACCCCUAUAGAGAGAAAGAUAGAGUCAGAAUUGUGACUGUAACAUGUCCAUUUUCAUUUAGUAAUGUGUCAGUACAUUUAAAGAAUAGUGACAGAUAUUAAAGUAGGUAAAUACAAAUGUAUAUUUAACAAAGAGUGGCAGUGAUUUCAUAUAUUGUCAAAAAAAAAUUCUUUUUUCUUUCUUUUUUUAAUGAACGAACAAAAAUCAUUCAUUAUGGGAGAGAGUUUGUAACUACAAAGCCAGAACAAAAUCAUGAUAAAGUUUGAAUUUUUCAGACGAAUCAUUCACUUUCAUGUUAAUAUUCAUUUUCUCUCUCAACAGCAUAAUUACUCCUGAGUGCUAAAAAUGCUGCUCUAUGUGGGUGCUAACACACAUAUAGGUUACGUGCAUGUUCAAAGUUUGAUGUUUUGUAACACUGCAUUCACUUACACAACUUAUUUGCAUAUGCAUUGCAUGAUCACAAAGUCACUUAACUAGCUCCCAAUCCUUGUCUUUUGUGGAUGCCCCCCUUCCCCUGUGUAUUUUCACAUCUGUGCAGCUCUGCAGAAAAAAGCGGAUUUACUUUUAUCAUUUUACCACAAAAAUCCGUGCAUCUGAGUUUAACCAAUAGAGUCAUGUUUUUACUCACCUUAAAAUCUUUACCUGCGGCCAUGUCACCAUGACAAAAGCAACCAAUUUCCUGGAUACUGUGUAUCCAACAAUGAAUCUAUUGUAACAUACAGUGUUAGAUACUUUGUUCACACCCCUCUUUAUGGGUAAUCAGUAAGAAAAUAAUGUUUGAUAUUAUAAGACUUUCAUUUUGUAUGUAUUUUAUAUAAAACAUAGAAACAUUACACCCUUGGGAUGUUCAUUUGUGCAAAUGUGGAGCAUAUUAAACAUGAAGUGGUCAUCUUACACUCAUGAAUCAUGGAAAGGGUCUGAAUGAAUACCAGAUGGAUCUUUAAGAGCUAGAAAGUCUUGUAAUACUGUAGUUCACACAGGUUUUUCAUUUAUACAGUAUACAAGGGCGUAGGUUUGCAUAGAGACGGUAGUGAGAAAACACUAUCAAAUUUUCAGGAUGCUUAAAUUGUACCCACUAACUUUUAAGCAACAUUAUUUGCAUUAUAUAAUGAGUUCAGUUAUAUAAGUAAUUUAGAUUGUCUUCCCAUAUGUUUUAAGGAUAUAUUUGACCCUACCGUUAUUUAGUGAUUUAUUUUCAUUAUGUUCAGAGUUACAUUUGCCCCUUUUUACUUGCUCGAUGUGCCAGUCUUUUGUCCUUCGAACGCAUGUUUUAUUGACUGAUGACUUGACCCCGAAACCCCAAACACACCAUUCACAGCCCAACAGAAAUACAAUAUGUCGACAACAUGCGGCCAUAGACUUCAUAAUGUUUUGACGGGACACGGGGUGCGGGGCCGAUAAAUAGGGGGCCUGCAUUAUUGGCGUGGCUGUCAAAGCUGUCCGAGUGGAAUCACAGUCAAAAGAGCCUUUUUCGUUUAAAAUUCUUGUGAACAAAUGCUUAAAUCCCUGAAUUCUUUAUAGAUAUGGACGUGAAACUGUCUCAAUUCUUGGUUAAAAGAAAAAAAAGAAAAAAAAAACGUGCAGUUAGCAUUUAUUUUACGUAAAUAUGUCGAAGUACAAUGCUAGUCUGUUAGCAAAUAUAGCUAGCGGCUGCCUUAUGUAAACUGAGGUUUUCCGGUGAAAAUUCUUGUGGAUAAAUGCUUAAAUCCCCGAAUUCUUUACAGAUAUGAACGUAAAACAGUCUCGAUUCUUGGUUAAAAGCAAAAAAAAAAAAAAAAUGCAGUUAUCAAUUAUUCCACGUGAAUAUGUCGAUGUACAAUGCUAGUCUGUUAGUGAAUAUAGCCAGCUUCUGCCUUAUGUAAACAGAGCUUUUCUGGUAAAAAUCCUUGUGAAUAAAUUUUCAAAUUCCCGAAUUCUUUAUAGAUAUGGAUGUAAAACAGUCUCGAUUUUUGGUUAAAAGCAAAAAAAAAAUAAAAAACUGCCAUUAGCAUUUAUUUUACAUAAAUAUGUCGAAGUACAAUGCUAGUCUGUUAGUGAGUGUUGCUAGCGGCCGCAUGAUGUAAACAGAGCUUUUCUGGUGAAAAUUCUUGUGAAUAAAUGCUUAAAUCCCCGAAUUCUUUACAGAUAUGAACGUAAAACAGUCUCGAUUCUUGGUUAAAAGCAAAAAAAAAAAGUGCAGUUAUCAAUUAUUCCACAUGAAUAUGUCGAUGUACAAUGCUAGUCUGUUAGUGAAUAUAGCUAGCUUCUGCCUUAUGUAAACAGAGCUUUUCUGGUAAAAAUCCUUGUGAAUAAAUUUUUAAAUUCUCGAAUUCUUUAUAGAUAUGGACGUAAAACAUAUUCAAUUCUUGGUUAAAAGCAAAAAAAAAAAAAAAAAAAACGUGCAGUUAGCAUUUAUUUUACGUAAAUAUUGCGAACUAUGCAGUAGCAGCUAAUUUCUCCCAUUGAUUUUUUUCACGUUUCAAAAUGCUUGCAUGGUACGAAAUAUAAUAAUUACCUUGAAUCCUCGAACAAAUCACUCCUGAGACACUUCUUCCUUUUUGUAUGCGGUACAGCUUUCGUACUAUUUCAACAGAAAUCCGGCGUUAGAUCGCUGCGUGCGUGUGUUUGUGAAUAGCACCUCUUGAUGUGGGCGGCCCCCUACAUGAAUGCACGGCACAGUGCAUGACCAAUCUGACCCGUCAAGAACAUUAUGAACUUUAUGAUGCCGCUACCUCCGCCCCCUUCGAAGAGGAGGGAUUUUAGAAGGUUUUUUUUGGCCAGCAGUAGCCACUGUAACUAAUGUAAAAAGACGUCAAUGUUGUGGAAGUAGGGACCACACCACUAAUUUUGCAAGUGAAAAUUAAAUUUGCUAAUACAAUCCUGGCAUCUAUUUUAGAAGUUUUUAAAAAGCUUCUUCAGUAGUUUUUGAAAACAAAGCUUUGAAUCUGAAUCGAACGGUGUAUCACCUGAACCAAUACAUAUGAAAGUUUGUAUCAGUCAAUGGAGAUUUAUUUUGCAUUGAUCAUUUGCUAUUCAUUGUUAGGUAUCUGUGAGAAAUGCAGUCCUGACCCCCACUCACCCAAUCUGUUUGGCCUUAUUAAUGUCCCGUCCCCAGCAAAAAGUGUAGAUGCAGGUUAUGCUGUUAUACUGUCCCUACCAAUGCUGAGAUCAAACCUACGCCCUUGGCAGUAUAUUGGUGGCCCUUUGUUAAAUCUCACCUCUAUUUGUAUGUUUACUCUCUGUGGCAAGACUUACAUUACACUUCUAUUGAGGAUGUUUGACAUGUUAUCGAUAAACUGUUUCACGAGUGUUGGUCCAAAGGGUUCUGUUUCUAUUUCACCUGAACAUGUAACCUGCAGUUCAAUUUUACUGAUUCUAGUUUGCAGAAUCCUUUCUCCGUGCUUUCUAUCUACAAAUGCCAUGGUGUGCUUUUGUCUGGGCAAUUUUUUUGUUUGUUUGAAACAAUUAUGUUUCCCGAAAUUUAAAAAGACAUUGUACUGCGCGUCCCCCGUACCCCUUCUUAUCUCUUGAUUCCGUUUCCCUGCUCAAUCUCUCGCUACAUUUUUUUCUCUUCCAGAAAGUGCGUUUAUUUGUAAAUACACGUGUUGGAGCAGCUAUAACUAAUGAAAACAAUCAUGGUGUAAUAAAUAUUUCUUUGUCAUUGUAAGCAUUUUGUGUGUUUGUAUCAUUAAUGACUUCAAAAUGAGUGACAAAAAUACGAACAUGGAAGCUCAGUCGGAGUCUGUCACACACAGGCUGAGUUCAGAAGAACAGCUGUUUCUUUUGGAUCUGAAGGUAAUAUGCAGACUGUGAAAAAAAAAACAAAAAGAAUCUUCGAUUAAUCUUUCAGGAAUGUGGAGCGCUUGUGGGAGGCUCACCAGGAAAGGGCUUCAUAUGCCUUUUAGCUCUUCACUCUGCAUGGCUUCUUUUUUAAUUCAAAUUAAUACCAACCCUCUUACCAAUACCUACAGUAGGCUUCAACUCACCUCUGCGCAGUUUGGAACUUGGAUGAAUCCUGAGCUGGAAUAAUACAUGUGUCGUCUAUUUUUUCUGUUUUAGCGGCGAUUGAGAUUCACAACAUAAAAGUCUGAUUAUGUUAUUACUUUUUAAAAAUAGUUGAGAUCAAAAAGAUGACAUUGAAUAAACAACCCUCAGGGCCUAGCCGUGAGUUUAGCAAUGAGCAUAAGUAAAGAUAGCAACAUUUACAAACAAUAAAUAAAUAGAGAAAUACAUUUUAUUCUUUGUGACAGCAAAGGCACUGUGGAGAUACAGUAUUGUUUUCAUAUAAGAAUAAUUUGGAAGGAUUUCAAAGUUUUAAAACCCUUGGAUGAUAAACUUACACCAUCAUCAGUUUUCUAAUACCAGAACAGAAUUCAUGCAUUCAUUUUCUAUAAUAUCAAGAUGAACAGUGAGCUUCAAGUGACUAUGACAGGAUUAAUAAAAAAGUCUUAAAUGGUAUUAAUAUGUGAAUUAGAAUCAUAUUUUGAGACGAUUCGACUAUAUACACAUGUGCAAAGCGCAGACGAAGACAAAUUAGUCUUUUAAUCUGCCGUUUAGCCCUUGCCUGUCAUUAUAGCGCUCUAGCGUCCCCAGCUGGAUGAUGACGUCGGCAGGGUCACGAUUUUGUCCGAUUUAUUAUUCAGCCCACUGAGGGGAAGUUAUUCAGAACGAGGAAAAUGCGACGAAGAGAAGACCAAAAUGUCAUUGUUUCAGUCUCUCUACUCCAAUGUUUUUACAGGAUAUUCUUUUUAUCUAAGUGUUUUUCCCCAAUUGCUAGACAAAUGGUAUGGACAUAACAAAUAACAGUCUUGUGCUAAAUGGAAUAUGAAAUAUUCAAAAUGCAUUUAUUCAAUACGACAUGGCAAAAUGACUCCAUAAUUGUCAAACUUCUUGCACCUUCCGAACGCUAUUUUAUGCCACCGGAGUUAGUCCGGCUUUUUUCAUUUCCCUGCCCUGGCUUCAGAGAGCGUAAACAAACCAGGAGGAGUGACAGCUAACCGACAUGCUAACCCGAACCAAGCUGCAUUUCAAAGUCUUAAUCUUGCCUUUCUAAGCGAAAAAUCACACAAAACUACCCUGGAAAUGUCACACGCUGAUCGGUAACCCCCCCGGCAGCGAGCAAGUGACAGCUCGCCGUUCCCCUGCUGUGGACAGGAGAGCUCGUUUGCAGGG